AUGGGUUACACAAAUAUCACUUACGAUGGGGCUAAUCAUUCGAGGAUCAGUUUGGAUGUUCCCUUGGCUGAAGUCAUCAAUGAUACCGAGACAGAACCAGACUGGUUUGUGUAUUACGGAAUCCCGUACAACCCGUACAUGAAGAUCUACGGUAUUUUCAUCUUGGUCAUAGCGUCUUUUGGGUUUCUUGGCAACUGUUUCACAAUGGCGGUGCUGGGUCAGAAGAGUAUGUCUUCAGUUGGAACAGCGUUGCUAUUCCACCUUGCCGUCCCCGACAACGUCUACCUUGUCGCCGUGACCGUCCUGGACGGUAUACUGUGGGUGAACCCUGGAACUGACUUCGUGGACCAUAUUGCCAUGGUCUCCCAGUCCAUACUGGCGCCCAUCUCCCACACUGCAUACACUGCGGGCAUCUACAUCACAGUCGCUUUGGCCCUUCAGAGGUACGUCAUGGUUACCAAACCUUUAAAGGUCAAGUCUAUGAUGACCCGGAAAACUAUCAGAUGGGUUGUUCUGGCUAUCUAUACCUUUUCCAUCCUGUUCAACAUCCCCCACUGGAUCGCCAUGGCGCCUGAAAGCUACUGGGAACCCUAUCUGAACAGGUCAUGGCUUCGUCCACGAAACAGAGACUUUAUGUUUUCAAAGUUCUAUCUGAGGUACUACAGGGGGUACCUCAACAUGGUCGUAAAACUAAUUGUUCCUUUUGUGAUAUUCAUAAUAACUACUUCUCUGAUUCUCCUGCACUUGUACCGAUCCCGACAUACCAUUCGCAAGUCAGUAGCUAAGUCGUGCGGCAAGUCCACCAGUAAGCUGGGAGGAAGAUCUGACGGCAAGUUCACACUCGUUGUUCUGGCUGUGACUCUGAUGUCCAUCAUUGAUGAAUGUAUCACGUCCUGCAGCCGGUAG